UUUGAUAGUUGAUUAGUUUCAUAUUUUGGUAUCAUUCUUGUUGAGCCAUCAUUUUUUGUGCUUAUUGUUUUUGUUAUUAGGUGUUACAUCAUUCCGUCUCAAUAAUUAGGCUUAUAGGCUGCCAACAAUAUACGGAGAAUAACAUAUUUCGAAAGUGUUUGCAGGAAUUAAGUGUUAUAUGUUACAUGUCUCGACAAUAUAAGUACUAAGAGUCUAAGAGGUUGCUUCUGUCUGUUGUGUAUGACAGACAUUGCUAGAAGUAGUGGUUAAAGAGAGCUUCAAGAAUCGCGUUUUUAUCAUAGUUUAAGUUAUAUUACAGACAAUAGUUGUGGACUCGAGCUUUUAGAUAUUCAAUGGCUAGAGGUGGUGAUAGUAAAGAUGUUAUGGAGUCUCAUCCUAAAUAUUUGAGGUAUGAUGUAGUAACGCCAAAUGCAGAUACAACUAAUGUUAUCACGAAAACAACAAAUAGGGCAACCGAAAAGCUUCCAAUGCCUUCAACCAACGGCAUGUGUGAGCUUCUUGAAUGCCCCAUGUGUGUUAAGUUGAUGUACCCUCCGAUUCAUCAGUGUCCAAAUGGCCAUACUUUGUGCUCAAAUUGCAAGCCAAGAGUUCACAACUGUUGCCCAACAUGCCGUGCUGAGUUGGGUAACAUAAGGUGUUUGGCUUUGGAAAAAGUAGCAGAAACGUUGGAGCUUCCUUGCGAACAUCAAACUCUUGGUUGCCAUGAUAUUUUUCCUUAUUAUAGCAAGUUGAAGCACGAGCAAAUUUGUCGAUUUCGCCCUUACAAUUGUCCUUAUGCUGGAUCCGAGUGUAUAGUUACUGGUGAUAUUCCAAAUCUUGUUGCACAUCUGAGAAAUGACCAUAGUGUUGAUAUGCAUGAUGGAUGCACAUUCAAUCAUCGAUAUGUCAAAUCCAACCCGCAUGAAGUUGAAAAUGCUAUUUGGAUGCUAACUGUAUUCAACUGUUAUGGAAGACAGUUUUGUUUGCACUUUGAAGCAUUCCAGCUGGGAAUGGCUCCGGUUUACAUAUCAUUUUUACGGUUCAUGGGUGAAGACAGCGAAGCCAAGAAUUUCAGCUAUUCCUUAGAAGUUGGAGGGUAUGGGCGUAAAUUAACAUGGCAAGGGGUCCCAAGGAGUAUCCGUGACAGUCAUCAGAAAAUUCGUGACACUCAAGACGGACUAGUCAUUCCUAGGAAGCUAGCUCUCUUCUUCUCUGGUGGAAACAGGAAAGAACUCAAAUUACGAGUUAUAGGCCGUAUAUGGAAAGAACAGUAAGUGGAAAGACAUAUCAACCUUAAUAUGAAUGUGAUUAUGCUGUUUUUUAUGGCAUGGCAUAUAUGGGCUGAAAUCUAUGAUGGGGCUUGAUGGUCUCUAGAUUUCGGGUAUUCUUAUGUGAAACUGGAAAGAUAUUGUAGUUAUUAUAUCAGAUUGGUGGGUGAAAAAGUAAGAUAUGUUUCUUUGAUAUGUGUCGUUUCGUGUUGGUGAUAGUGGUGUAUCAUGUAUACGACCAGAAGAAGGUUGUAACCUGUGUAAUCGAUGCAGUUUUUCCUGCAAACUCUCCCAUAGAAAAUGUUGUAUUAUGUCCUGAUCCUUACAGAACCAGGAUUAUCCGUCCAUGGAAUUCAGUAUAUCUGCAUUUUGAUUUA